CUGGACUGCGCCUCUCUCCGUCCUAACGCGGUGCAUACCAUUUCCGGGCUUGAUGAUGGUCGGCGGCGGUCUUCUCCCAAUACACAACUUUUUGCAAGUUGGUCCAACGUCACCGGCCAAGCCCGCUUUGUGCCUCUGUGUAAGAAAUGCAUCCUACUGAGGCGCGGAUUUGAACACAGUGGUUUGCGAAAAUGUUGUCUUAUGCAGUCGCUUUAAUCGGCAUUCUCAUUGUCUUCAACAGUCCUCUCAACAAUCUUUUAUUUUCCAAUGUGAAUCCGCACCAAUGUCCCGGCCAGAUCCCGCAACUUCAUCGGAUUCCGCUGUCCACACUCAACCUUAGAGAAGAUCUAAUUGCGUUGGAGGGCAACUCAUCGUUACAAUGCAUGCCCCACACUCCCGCGCCUGUGGUCCAUGUCUACUCAAGGGAGCCAUUGGUGCUCUACAUCGAGAACUUCCUAAGUCUUGACGAGCGAGAGCAUUUGCUUGGCAUUAGUGAACCUCUCUUCGAACCCUCCACCACCACCAGCGAUGGCGGCCAGACAACCCACCGCAACACCACAGUCCGUGACUCCGAAGUGGCCGUGAUCCCCCGUACCGACCGCGUCCGGUGCAUCGAGAACCGCGCCCGCGAGAUCCAGGGCUGGAGGGAAAACGUCUUCAUCGAGAGGCUGCGUACCCAGCGGUAUCGCCAGGGUGGCCACUACAACCACCACUUCGACUGGAGCUCCAAUCGUGGGGGCUGGGGCCGUGUCAGCAGCUUCAUGGUCUGGGUCGACGAUGGUGAUGGCAGCCUGGUGGGUGGUGGUACCGAGUUUCCCCGCAUGAAGAGGUCGAAGGAUUCACGAUGGUGUGCUUUUAUUGAAUGUCCCGGGAAAACGGCCAACAAAGGAGAUGGACUGGAACAAACACCCGAAUUGGGCGUGACUUUCAAAGUUAUUCCGGGCAAUGCUGUCUACUGGGAGAAUUUCCGGUCGGAUGGCACUGGCAGAGGAUGGGUUGAGGCGUGGCAUGCUGGCUUGCCAGUCGAGAAAGGGGUCAAGGUUGGGUUGAAUAUUUGGAGCACGGGGUAUAUCGAACAGCACGAACGAGACAGCCCGAUCACACAUGAACGCGAUCCUCGACGACAGCCCCGCUUGUAUCCCAAGGUGAUUGACGCAGGUCGCAUAACCUGACACUUGCGCUUUCGAGAGCCACCGGCCCAAGCAGUCCACCUCUCUUCAAUUUUCUAUUGAGAGGGGAGCUCAUUGUGCAGCCCAUACGUGGUAUAGCGAUAGCGGGUCUUGCUCCGCCAUGUUUCACACGCCGAAGACACGUUACCAGAUGGAUGUGCCAUCGUCAUGUUGCAUCACGAUACCGAAGUAUCUGCGACUGUGACCAGCGGUUCUUUAGCCAGCCGAAAAAACAGACAGAGCAAAAAGGAAAAAAAGAAAAGUGUGGUCCGUACCGGACUCGAACCGGUAUCUUCCUAAAGGCCGUGACCGAAGUGGAAUUUCCACCUCAAGAAUGUUGCUCGUUACACCAACGAACCACGGGAAGGUGAACAGGACAAAGAUCUUAUAUAGCCGCGGGAAUGCUCGGAUGACGCUGGGCAGGCAGAAGGUAGAGGCCACGCGAGAGCUGCAGGUAGGCAAGCAGGCAGUUGGCAGGCAUCACUCACUCUGGACUCGCUUUGAAAUCUCAGACGGCUUCCAUGUUAUGAUCCGACGAUAGCCCCGAACGCUGCUGAUCCAAGCAAGGCCUAGGCCUCGACGCAGAGAUGAUCGACAGUACAAUGCAUUGCUGAUCGCAGCUGAGCUUCUUUUAACGACCACCCAUUCUUUCAGUCAUCAGCAGGAGAUAACAAGGCUUGAAGGUCUGCCACAAAGGGUUCCCGAAAAAAGACAUCGAUGCCAGACACAACACAACACAACAC